AUGCAGUGCCUCGAGGCGCGGCUCAAGUCCUACGACGCCGUGACGCGCCCAAAACGCGCCGCAAAGGUCGCGUUCCCACUCGAUCCCGAACAGUACCCAUACCUCACCCCCGCCGCCCUGUCAAAGGCAGGCUUCUACCACCAACCCGGCAAGGAGAAGGACGUCGACUCUCAUGACACGUGUAAGUGCUUCAUGUGUGGCCUCGUCCUCGGCGGCUGGGACGAGGACGACGACCCUUUUGCCGAGCACGUUCGACGCGACGGCGAGUGCGCAUGGAAGGAAGUCAUCUGCCGGAUCGAGGUCGACCGUGCGAACGGUGGCGAGGGCAGGCUGAGCUCCGAUCGCAUGAGCAGGUACCGUGAAGACACGUUCGGGGACUGGUGGCCGCAUAACAAGCCCACCGCCAAGGACCUCGCUGCUGCUGGGUUUGUGUACACGCCGGGGCUUAAGGCGCCUGAUGCGACGACGUGCCCCUUGUGCCAGUACGAGGUCGUCGAGGACAUUCAUCACCGCAAGGAACCCGACUGCCCCUUCUUCACGGCGACGGUAGAGGUUGCGAAGACCAAGGGCCGUAAGGCUGCGGGUCGGACAACACGACGAACGACCGCUGCGACCACCGCUGCCGAAUCUGACGCCGAAUUGGAACCGCCAAAGAGGCGAGGAAGGACGACCAAGGCGUCCGUCCUUGCCGCUUCGACUUCGACUGUCGCCACCGAGGACGAGACAGCGCUGCCGAAGCGACGGGGACGUCAACCAAAGGCGUCUGUCGCUCAGGAGCCGGUCGAGGAACCCGAACCGCCGAAGCGACGAGGACGAGCGACUAAGAACUCAUCGGCCAGCGAGCUUGCGUCAUCCACGUCUACGCGGCGAGCGACUUCGACCCGUAGCCGAAGCAAGGCGUCGACAGCAAACGAGGUGGACGAGGACGUCGACGACAGCCUGGAGCUCCCGCAACCGGAACCUGAGGAUCCCGAGCCGAAACCGUCCAAGUCUUCACGUGCUAAGGGCAAGAAGAAGGCGGAGCCGGAACCGGAGCCUGAGGUGGUUGUUGCGGAGCCUGAGCCAGAACCUGAGCCUGAGCCUGAGGCUGCCAAGGAGCCAGAGCCAGAGCCCAUCGCCGAGCCAGAACCGGAGCCCGUCGUUGAGCCGGAGCCAGAGCCCAUCGCCGAGGCUGAUCCCGAGCCCGUACCCGAACCGUCACCCGAGAAGCCGAAACGCAAGACCAAGCCUCUGCCGCGAAAGAAGCUCUCCGCCGCGACUGAGCCGGUGCGCAACCGCGAGGCACCUUCCGCCUCCACGAAGAGCGUGCCGAACCGGCCACUGGGCACUGCCGACCCGAACGUUCCUCUGCCGCCGCCACCAGCCGCCAAGGGCUCGCCGUCUGUCCGGCACGCCGUCGACGCCAUCGUCGGCAAAGAGGGCAAGCACUCGCCUCUGACCGAGGAGCAGAAGAGCAUGACGCUCGAGGACUAUGUGCGCUUGCAGUUCAAGCUGCGGCACGAAGAGAUGCGCAAGGAGGGCGAGAGCAUGAUUGCGGCUUGGGAGGCGCGCACGCGGGAAGCGCGAGCCAAGAUCGAGAUGGCCUAG